UUUCGUCACGUGACACGAGGAAAUUCAAGUUGAACAAGCUACGGCACAUCGUCAGAAAGAGAAAUUAUUAAAGAAUCUCUAGCAGCAACAACAACGAAGAUUGUUUGUCCGAUUGUUUAACCGAACUGGCAGAAGGAAGUAGAGAAGUUCGAGAUCGUGAGCUUUUACUUUCAAAUCAGACACUUGGUGUUUUUACUUUUGGUGGCCGCUGUCGGACUUGUAAAGGGAUAAACGGAUUGAAGAAUGGAUUCAGACAACCAAAGCCAAAUGGAUCUGUUAAUGAAUGAGGAGGAACCUGAUGACCUUUUGGAUUGGUGGUAUACUAAAGAAGGCUGGGACGACUGGAGUUCUGAUGAAGGCUUUACUGAGGAAGAAGAAGUCAGGAAGUAUGAAAAUACUGCAUGCAAAGUUUACAAGGGUCUUCAGCUUUUUGUGAAACUCUUUGGUGACCGAGCUGAAAAACUGCAGAAGUACAUAGAUGAUCUACGCAAUAUUGCUGAUGGGGUGGACAGAUUUCACAAAGGAGCAACCAUUGCCAGCAUCACUGGAGGAGCUGUGAGUGCAGCAGGAGGAAUUGCAACCAUUACUGGAUUGAUCCUGGCUCCCUUUACAUUUGGAGCCUCCAUUAUAGUCACUGCUGUCGGUUUAGGAGUAGCUACCGCAGGUGGACUGACCAGUGCUUCAGCCACUAUUUCGGAUAGUGUCAACACUUCAAUAGAUCGAUCAAAAGUAGAGGCGAUAAUAGAGGGCUACCAAAAAGACAUUAAGGAUGUGGCAGAAUGCCUGAAUUUUAUCAACACUGGCAUAAAGAAUAUCGAAAAGCUGAAUUAUUCCAGGAUCAAAGAUUCUUUGAAGACUAUGGCUUCUCCUAGUACGCAGAACAUGCUUCAAGCUGGAGCUAGAGCUAGCAAAGGACUGGCCAACAUUGCAGACAUUGUGAGAGUGGUCCAGUUGGCUCAAGUAGCAGGGGGUGCAGUCAGAGCGGUUAGAAUUGCAGGAGUGGCAACUGGCAUACUAGCGGGGCUCUUCUUGGGACUCGAUGUCUUCUUUAUUGCAAAAGACUCCAUUGACCUACAUAAAGGUGCCAAGACUGAAUUUGCCAUAAAAGUCCGUGAAGUGGCAAACGAACUGCAGGAGGGGCUUUCGGAGUUAAGCCAAAUCCAGAAAGAGUUUGAAAAAUCUAUGCAAUUGGCAUAACUCUCUUUAUCGAUAUUUAUUCCGUGUAAACAUCACAUUAUUGUGGCCAAUUACAGGCAUACUCCUUUGAAAUGUAGAAUCUGGCAUGUUAUUCGUUCUAAUUUGCUAGACACUGCACAAUUUAUACAUUUUAAUGGAAAGCUAUUAAUUGUUUUAAUGAAUUUGGUGCGUUUAUGUCCCACCUCAAGAAUGUGCAGGGUGACAACUUCAAAGUCUUAGUAUUUGAGAUUAUUAGAAUUAGCCCUGAUCCUAAGGCACUGUCCCACAAACUCGUGGACGCCCCUUUAACUAAGCUAAUUGAUGUGGCAGGGGCCAUUAACAAUAUACUAUCACAGUGAGUGUUAAUAUGACGUAGCACUUCAGCCAGAUUCAUAAAGACCUUUUUAGGGAAACUUUGUUAAUUCUGACCUCAUUUGUUAACUUUGUUAAUUCUCCUCUACCAGAAGCUCAACCUCAUUAAGAUGGCUUUAAUAUGCUAUCAGAAAUAUGAGCUUCGGCUUAAUAGCUCUCAGUUUGGAUGAAACAAAGUUGUGACGUGAAACUGAACUCUCGCCUUAUUCACUGAUAUUAAGUAAAUAACAACAAGAUCAGUCGGAAAUUACAGACACAUUGUAUUUGGUGUAAAGUGACAGAUUCUUGAUGCAUUUAGUUUGGCAUUUAUUUUCAUGAAAAAGAUGAAAGCCAAUCAAGGACAAAAUCAAGAACAAAUUAGUAUCUUCUCCAAAAGUGCAACUGAAAAUUCACAUGAAUACAGUGCAGUGAAAUUGAGAUUCUUCAUAAUCAUUAGCCCCAAAAAUUCUCAUAGGAGUAGUACAUGAUCACUGCAUAACAGUAUCAGAAAAAAUACUUUAUAAUGAGCAGAAUCCACUCAACCCAAUAUAGCUAGUUAGUCAAGUAAUGUUCAAAGUUUAAACUGUACAUAUAGUAAGGCUUGUUUUAGUAAUUAAUGGAGUUGUUCUAGGUUAAUCAAACGAUAUGUAGACAGCAGUAAAUGUGCAGUUGUGGUAAGGGAAUCGGAUGAGUUUAAAUAGGUAGGCUGAAAAUGAAGAAUCUUUAUCCACAGAUAUAAAAGGAUUGUCAGUUUAAAAAAAAAAAAUAAAAAACUUGCCGAUGAAGAAUGAGAGGAUUACCAUACACCUGUUUCAGGUCAUCCAGUCCUAAACUAACUAGUAGGCUUAUGCUGAUUUUUCUCUAGUAGUUCUCUAGUUUCUGUUUCAUUUCCACUCCACCAGUCGACUGGUUGGUGACCACUGUUCAAUAAUAUGGACACCUUGAUAGAAGCAGUGUCCAAAGGGAAUUAGUAAGAAAUGAUUCUCAUUCUCCCAGUAUAAGGGGCAUUUCUAGGAGUUGGUGGUAUCAGGGUCUUAGUCCCGUUUCAUGGUGUCAAGCUUUUAUAGUCUCAUUUAACCUUAAAACAUAUCUUAAAUCAGUUCUGGCAGUAGAACCAAAUUACUGUCAGUACUCUAUGUUUUGUCUUAUCAGCAUCUUGUUCUUCCUUGCAGUUCAUUUUAAAUUUUACACUUCUUUACCAAGCAUUUGUCCCCGUGUGAGUUUCUAGCAUCCCCCUCGAGGCCAAAAUCAAAGUCAGAAUAAAGAUUCUGAAGUCCACACACAGCCUUGUUUUUAAUUGUCCCUAGCAAACAUUACUCAUAAAGACUCUCCUUACAGUGAUUCAGAAAGCUUGAAUGCAGAGUACCGCAAGCUGCCAUCAUCUUAUAUAGGUGGCACAGGCUGACACAAUACGUCAUAUGACCUCUGUGACUAGUACUGGGAACAGGGAGCAUAAACAGCAUGACCACAGCUUUGUAAAGAUUGUCACAAGAUGGUGACCACACACUCAGACAAAAAAUAAAGACAACAUGGUGUUUUCAGAAAAAAAAUAAAUAAAUAAAUAUAAACAUUCUGAAAUUGAACAGACUGUAUCUCAAUAUGCCAAAACCUAGAUUCAUUAAACUGAUCUGCUUUUUGGUUUACUGGAAUGAACAGACAGUGUUUAAAACAACUUAGCACCUUUGAUCCACAGAUAAGUUCAAGAUUUAAGCAAAUAUCAGAAAAGGUGAGUUAUUGUGAACAGAAAAAUUAGUUGAAAGAAACAAUGUUAAAAUUUGAAGAUGAAUGCUAAAAUGAAGCAGUGGUUAAAUAGGUGUGACAAGUCCCCAGAUCUGAGGGUUGUGUAUUUAAGGGCUGAAAAAAAGAACCCAUCAGAACUCUUAAUACUGAGUCACAAAGUACAGUGAAAAUCCAUCCAACAUGCACAUAAUAAUCUCAUGACAGGAUACUUAGUGGAAAUUAAAAGAAAGCGCACGUAAGGCAGAAAACUUGCGACUCUGUGACUUGGUACACAAAGAACCAUCCAUCACAUUUGAUUUAAUCAAUUUAAGGGUAAUGCCUCCUUUAGGCUUCAUGUUUAUAAUAGAAAAACAGCAAGAUCCAGAUCAUGGACUUUGGGAGAGUUUCUGAUGUAAUUGUGAAAGCAGCCAAAGCAGACUACAUCUUUGGAGACACCUAGUGGAAACUAAUGUGAAGUGCAUUCAAGAAAGAAACACACCAGCACUUCAGGGCACUCAGGGCACUAAGGGCUCCGGGAUUCCAUAACAAAAUACUAAGACACUAAGAGCCAGAAUAGUUUUUAAAAACUCUCAAAAUGUUAUAUUACUUUAUAACUACUGCAUUUUCAUACAGUUUUUAGAGUUUGUUUUAUUUUUACUGUAAGGUUGUAUUUGUUAAAUAUUGUUAUUUAAAAAUAAUUUCUUAUUAGUGAGCCAGACAAACUUAUUGGACUGAAGACAUCCCUGGUUUUGGAGGUGACAAUGCUGCAGAUUUUCAUUAAUGUUUCUAGAGGAGGACUAUUGUGUUUAAUUCCAUUUCCUACAUUAUCAGGGUUCUUUGUGUCGAGUUAGUCUGGCCAUUCAAAGUUUAUCUAGCCUAUGAAAUUCAUGAAGGAUGUUUUGUGCAUUAAUUCAUUGAAGAAAAAAAAUCUUGAUAUCGCCCCUUAGUAUUGCAAAUAAUCUCCUUAUGCUUUAUAUGGAGCUAUAGUAGAGCUGUUAAGUUCUUUAUAUAUAUAUAUGUGUGUGUAAAUAUAUACAGUAUAUAUAAUAGAGUGAGUUUUGUUUUGUUUUUAUAUUUAUAAUUAAAGCAUAGACCGUUUAAGUGACUUACUCAUCAGAAGUGGACGGCUCUACCAUCCACAGCUGCUUGAUUCCCUCUACUUGAUUCCACAGAAGUGAGCUCUGCCGUUCUGCAUACUUGCACAAAUGGGCAGAAGAAUGGAAUUCCCACAUUUAUUUAAAGAUAUUUGUUUACAAAAUGCCUUUACCCAGCAGGCUUGGAAGUCUUUAUGAAGUAAAAUCACAUUCUUCAUAACCUGCCUGCUCAAUUAUUACUUAUCUUAAAUGUUUUAUUCUACUCAAAUAAAAGAAUCUGGUGACACCUUCAAUUUUGGGCAAGAUUAGGAAAAUCCUGUGUUAUGAAGAUUAAGUUAAGGGUAUUAAAUAACUGGAUUGUGGAAGUCUUACUCUUUUCUCUUUCAGAGUAGCUGCAAACCUUUGUAUUAUUCUGUACUUAUUUUUCUUGUUUGGAACAGGAGGAGGAAGUCAUAAAUGGAACAAACAAAAUGUCUAAGAGUUGAACAAAGGAACAUUGUGCUUCUGUAAUUGUUUAUAUUGUACUGCUUUUUAAAAUAGCUCAAUAAAAAUACUGUGAAAGAAUUA